GCUCUAAAUUUGAUGUUGAAAGUCGCUCGCUGGAACUACGAGGAUUGUAGCAGUCCUGACCACAAAGCUCAUAAAUUUAUCUUAAUUCCUGGAGGGAUAGUAAUAGGAAAGACACAGAUGGGCUGGGAAUCAAAGCAUCUGCACUCUAUACUGUCAACAAGAAGUGGCGACCGUGCUGAGUUUGUGGAGGCUCUAAAAGAUCCCUGUUAUAUCUUUAUUGACUUAACUAAUGGAAGUAAAUAUAUUAGAAGUUUAGAUGAUGUGGAAGAUCAAAGUGUGCGAAUAGGAAUGCAUGUUGCAGUGGCUUUAGGGUUGGUGCCUGAGUGUCCUCGUCUAGCUAAAUUAUUAGCAACAAAUAAUCCAAAACUCUUCGAACUUUCUGACGUGAUUUGUGAGAUACUUCAACGUCAUUUUAAAAUGCAUCAGCGUUCAGUUAAGGCUAUUAUCAUCCAUCUUGACGAAUAUCAACUUUAUAUUAAUGAUGUUCAACAAAACCAACAACUUUCAUGGAUAGGUUCUCGUGAUUUCUUUAAAUCAAUGCUAGGGGAGAUUG